ACUCCAUUCUCUUCACAAGAUAGCUAAGCAAAGCCAAACACCAUGAAAAUCCAGCACCCAUUUCCUCUCUACUUCUCACUCUUUCUUCUCUUCUUGGCUACUAUUACUAUCCUAAUAUCACCUUCUCAUGGAGCUUUAGGAAAAUGCAAUCCUAGUGACUACAAAGCUCUUAUGAGUAUUAAGAAGUCUCUGAACAACCCUUACCAUUUAACUUCAUGGAAGCCAAAUACAGACUGUUGUGAGUGGUACGUAGUCAAAUGUGAUCCAAAAACCAACCGUAUCAACGAACUCAGCUUGUUUCAAGGUGAAAUCUCUGGCCAAAUUCCAUCCUCAGUAGGGGAUCUUCCUUAUCUUGAAAGUGUAACUUUCCGACACCUUACAAAUGUUACCGGUACAAUCCCACCAUCAUUUACCAAGUUAAAGCGUCUCAGUUCACUAGAUCUCAGCUAUCUGAGUCUCUCAGGUCCGGUACCCAACUUCCUUAACCAACUCACUGCUCUCACUUACCUCGACCUAUCUUUCAAUCAAUUCACCGGUACUAUCCCACCUAAUCUCUCGGAACUUAAGAAUCUCGAAGCCAUCCACCUGGAUAGGAAUAGACUCACGGGUCCGAUUCCGGAGUCUUUUGGGAGAUUUCCUGGUCCUGUUAUACCUCACUUGUUCUUGUCUCACAACCAACUCUCAGGUCCGAUUCCGAAGUCUUUAGCUGCUUUAGAUUACGGCACGAUUGACUUGUCCCGGAACAGAUUUGCCGGGGAUGCUUCCGUACUGUUUAAUUCCAACCACGGUUUGACAACAUUUAUCGAUCUGUCGAGGAAUCAGUUUGAGUUUGAUCUAACAAAGGUCAAGUUUCCAAAGAGUUUAACCUGGUUGGAUCUGUCACAUAACAAAAUCUUUGGUAGAAUCCCUGAAGAGAUCAAGGGUUUGGAAUUGCAAAUGCUGGAUGUGAGUUACAAUAACUUGUGUGGAAAUAUACCAUAUGGAGGAAAAAUGCAGAGUUUCCAGAACACUGCUUAUUUCCAUAACAAGUGCUUGUGCGGACCACCAAUGACGGGCUGUAAGAAAGUGAUUGCAUGAGUGGGUGAUGUUAUUGUGAGAUUAUGAACGUGAUUGUAACAGUUGGUGUCUGUUUAGCUACUUGGGAUCUAGGAGAAGAAGUACUUGGUCUUAGCUAGAAAGGAUUUUGUUUGGUCUCUGUCCAAGAGAAUCUUGUUUAGCAAUGUUGUGAGUUCUAUCUUUGUUAUUUCUAUCCCCUACUAUGGGAUUAAUCUAGUAUUAUCUACCAAUAAAUUACUUUUCAUUUACGAUAAA